CUCCCCUCCCCGCGCCUCCCUCCCUCCUCCCCCCUGGUGGCGACCGUUAUAAUUCGGGUGGUGAUCCGGAUUCGAGCAUUUGGAUGAACGGUGACCUGGAGGUUGGGCCGACGUAGUCGUCCGAUGCUGUCAGUAAGUGCACAACACUUGAAGACGCCUGUCUCUCCGUCUGUCGUCCUAAGGUCCAAUUGCACACCGCACGAUGCUUUAUCCAGGAGACCUUGAAGCUGUCCGCAAGUCAAGUGGGCGAAUUCAUGAUCCUAGCGUUCGUGCGCGUCUAUGAACUUGCCACCCUUUUUUAACUCCGUUUGUUCGUCCCUCUCGCAGCACCGACGACCGCAACGAUGACUAGACACAAGCGCGGAAACAUGUUCGCCGUCCUUGCGGACGACUACGAACCGCCGGAGCGUCCGAAAAAGGUCAUCGUCGAAGAGUAUCCGAGGUUCCCGGAUGAGUUGCCAGAACAGGUUAGCUGUUCCUCCUACACACCGCCAAAGCUGGUUCAGAUCUACUACCGACGGAAGUGGGACAAACGUGUCACCCGGGAUAUCUUUCGGCAACAUUGUCUCGCAAAGCACAACGCCAUCAAAGAAAGCCCUGAACGUAUUACCACCCCGUUUCAUAUCGAGAUGAUCAAGAACGGCUGGAUGGGCUACCAUGCGCAAAAACAUCAUCUAGGCGGACACUACGAGGAUACUUGGCGGCAUCCGGUGUGGAGCUUCCAUCGAUAUGGCAGGAGUAGGACCGUCCUGGAGCAGGACGUAGAGACUUCCUGCAUCGGCACCUUGCCUCAAGGCACAAAGCUCUUCAUCGGAGGGUACCAUGAGGAGUUUUGUGAUUUUGACUACUUCAUCUAUAGUGAUGUCACCGUCGUGAAGCCGGACGGAACCAUCGAACUGCUUCAGUACCAUACGAAUGACUUUCCACCAACCGAUGGCCAUACGGCAACGCUUCUCGGCCAUGACACACUCAUCCUCAUCGGCUCUAUUGGUUAUCUCGAUGCCCGUGGUGAUAAAGCACAAGUGUGCGUAUUGAACUUGAACACUAUGAAAUGUCAGGUGUUGACCGACACAAAAGGGGACGAUCCCGGCUGGAUCAGUAAGCACUCUGCCGAGCACAUAGGGGACGGCCGGAUUCUGAUCACUGUUUCGGUCCCCGACUGGACCAAAAUGCGCAACGGUUGUCGGCCGGGUCGCUGGAUUUUCGAUACGCAAGAUUCCUCAUGGUCGGCGCUACCGCUGACCGACGAUGAGAUAGCCCAAACCCGUCAAUACGAAGACAACAUCAAAAAUGGCGUCUAUGACACUGAGCUUCGGUAUGAACGAAUCAAUGAAGGGAACAAGGAAAGCAUGCGCGACACCGACGAUCUACUCCGUCAAGUUGAGGACCUGGUCAAAAUGGAAGAGAAUUACAAGGAAAUCGAGCGGCUACUGAAAGAAUUGAAGGAGCAGGCGGAGGAGUACACCAUCGAGACAAAGCAAUAUAGGGACGAUAAGAGAGGGUUGCGCUCGUUGACCGACGCAAGGGAGCGGAAGAUCGAAGAGGCUAGACUCAAACGCAUAUUUGACAAUCGGGCUGAUCGUCGAAAGGACAUACGAAAACUGCGGCAAGAAAUAGAUAGACUCUGUGACUUGAAUGCAGUCUUGUCCAAAGAAUGCAGAGGCACAGAUUGAUUAGAGUGCGUGGGAAAGAUCAUGUUUCUAUAGAGACACGGACGCGAAACUUGAGAAAGCAGAAGGCGAUUGAGAAACUCAAUAGAAGGAAGCGCGUGAUGA